AUGAUUCAUUCAUCGAUUCUUGGUGCUGCAACACCUCCCAACUGGAAUCAAACGGCAAAAAGCGCGGACCAAAUCCUCCUCCCAGCGGGCCGAGACUCGGAAAAAGUUCCGGCCUGCCAUGGCCCAAGUCCGCUCCUCAUUUUCGCAAACUGCAAUUCCAUCGCUGGCGAGGACUCCAAAACAAACGACCACUCCCUUUCCAUCCUCCUUCAUUUCUUCUCUUUUCUCUCUCCACCCCCUCCCUCUUUCUCCAACAUGGCGAGCUGUUUCACACGGAACAUGCUGGCGACUCGCUUUCUGUCCACACCGCGUCAACGUGUCGCAAUUUGUCACCGCCACAUUCACUCAUCACCCUCGAGGGCCGCCGUAGCACACCCCAUCACAGCUCAUGGUCCACCACCCCAGGCACCUGCGCCUGCCUCUUCAUCCUCCAGUGAGACACGGGAUUCUCUCUCGUCGACGGGAGACGGGCAGGGUGUGUCGCAGGUGAAGAAACCAUCGCCGUUGAAGAAGCGCUUUUGGAAAGAUGUCCAUGUUCAUGGAAAGACUGGUGAAUACCAAGUAUUGUUGGACAAGCGUCCUGUUCGCACUCCCAACAAGGAUAUUCUUUCAAUUCCUCCGACCAAACCACACCUCGCUCACGCCAUCGCCCUCGAAUGGGAUGUCAUGACCUCGGCCCAACACGCGCUCAAGAGCCACCUGAUCCCACUCACCUCCCUGGCCGCCCGCGCUGCCGACAUUGUCCGCGAAGAUGCGAGCGGCGAACGAACUACCCGCGAUCAGAUCGUCACCACGGCGAUGCGCUACCUCGAGACAGACACGUUACUCUGCUGGGAGCCGGAGCGCACCUAUAACGCCCUCGAUCGGGUCGGCGAGACCGGUCAGGUGGAAACUCUCCGCCAGAUUCAAAUGCGCGUCGCCAAGGAUCUCAUGGGCUUCCUGUCGACCAAGGUGUGGCCCGGUCUGGAGAUUGUCCCCAUCCUCGACACCGAGAGUAUCAUGCCGGUGUCUCAGCCCCAGGCCACCCAGGACAGUAUCCGGACGUGGUUGUACGAGCUGAGUGCGCAUGAUCUGGCGGGUGUGGAGCGUGGGAUCCUGGCCUCGAAGAGUCUCCUGGUGGCGGUUCGAUUGAUGGUGGAGUGGAGCGAGAAUUUCCGGCAUUUGCAGCGACCGGGGGUGAAGAAGUUUGGUCUGGAGGAGGCGGCCGAGGCGGCCAAUCUUGAAGUCAAAUGGCAGACUGACAUGUGGGGGGAGGUGGAGGAUACGCACGAUGUGGACAAGGAGGACUUGCGACGACAGUUGGGGAGUGUAGUGCUGUUGCUUGCAUUAUGCCAAUUGCCGAAGGCUCGACUGGCGCAAAACACCAUCGACGCUGGAAUCUUCCCACCCAGGACUUCAAGGAAACAAAGCAAAAAGACAAGAGAAAGAGAAUUCUGGUCCAAGAGAUUGACAGGCUGCGAUUACGAACCUGAGCGGGACGGACUCCCCUCCUCCUUCGCAUUCGCGCAGAUCGGUGGCCUCCCGGGCACAGUCACAUACGAAGCGCAACCAGCUCAGAAGCUAAUCACCAUGUCACCUUUUACUAGGCACAAGCGCUCCCGGAGUGUCCUGGCUCUGUUGCAUCGCGACAAGUCCAAGGGAGACGACAAGGACCCGGAUGAUUUCACCGACAGCGGCUCCGUGGGCGAUGCCUCGGUGAAUGGAUCACAGUACGCCCAUCAGCGCAACGCCAGUCACAGCCACCUCGGCCGAAAGAAGACCAUCUCGCCGCCGCGGCACAACCUGGAACAGACCCAGUCUCGUGCGAGUUACCAGACCCCCGACAGUGACUCCGGCGACCACCAUUUGACUACUACCAACACCAACACCAACACCAUGGAGCGAACGGUCUCGGGGACAGAAGGCGGCAGCUUGUCUCUCGAUCAGUCUGUGCGGACCUUCCGUCUAUUUGAGAUUCUACGAAGCGGGGAUACAAAUGCCAUCUCCAAGGCCAUCAAGGAAUCGAGUGACCCCCAAGUGGCCAACAACCUCUACGGAACCACGAUCCUGCACCUGGCCCUGCAGUGCGCCGAACCGCAGGUGGUCGAGUUCGUCUUGUCCUCGAGCGAGAACCUCGACAUCAACGCACGUGAUCGUGAAGGCAACACCCCCCUUCAUCUGGCGGCGCAACUGGGCCGUGUCGCACUGGUCAAAGACCUCCUCAAUCAGCCCUCGGUCAACGACGCGAUCGUCAACUAUCGCGGUCAGACGGCACUCGAUGUUGCACGGACGCCCGAAAUCUUCCAGCAACUGCAGCUGACACGCUCGCUCUUCAUCGACAGCAAGACGCAGGAGAUUCAGACCCUGGUGGCCAAGGGUGACUACGAGAACCUGGAGAAGCUUCUCGAAGAGCCCCGCGUGGAAGGGAUCAUCGACGUCAACAGUCUUGAUCUCGUGACGGAUCGCACGACGGCGCAAACGGGGGGCACGCUGCUUCACGAGGGCGCUCGCAAUAAGAAUGUCCAGUUGAUUGAGCUCCUGCUGACCCACGGCGCUGAUCCGUUCCGGCGUGACAAGAAGGGGAAGCUGCCACAAGAUGUGACCAAGGACGACAAGACCCGUGCUAUGCUGAAGAAAUCGCCCGCCGCGGCGAUCGCUCAGCGUGGCAUCCAAGAAAAGGCCAUUUUGGGAAACUCUAGUGCGCAAGGCGUGUCUGGCCGGGUCUCCGCCGGCGAAGCUCCACUGGCCGGCAAGGAUACUCGCGAAAUGAAGGGCUACUUGAAGAAAUGGACCAACUACACCAGUGGGUAUAAGUUGCGAUGGUUUGUGCUAGAGGAUGGAGUAUUGAGCUACUAUAAGCAUCAAGAUGACAUUGGUUCGGCUUGCCGUGGCGCCAUCAACAUGAGAAUUGCUCGCUUGACCAUGGAUGCUCAGGACAAGACCCGCUUCGAGAUUCAUGGCAAGUCCUCGGUCAAAUAUCAUCUCAAAGCCAAUCACGUCGUUGAGGCGAAGCGAUGGUUCUGGUCGUUGAAUAAUGCCAUCCAGUGGUCCAAAGAUGAAGCCAAGGAGGAGGAGCGACAGCGGUCACAGAAUGCAGAGGCCCUUCGCCAGGCCAAGAUUGACCAGGCCGAAGGCCGAUCCAUCGAAACUCCCUCAGAAUCGGGCCUGAGCCAAAAGCCCGGCGGCAAGGGAUUAUCGCCCGGAUCUCUAGUGGUUCCGGGUGCGAGUAUGACGAGACUGAACACACAAGCGUCGCGCACCACCUUGGACACGGCCGCCAUUGACGAAGAAGGGUCCGUGUACGGCUCGGGAAACCAAGGUGGCUCUCCCAAUGACAUGAAUCGUGUGAUCAGUCAUAAUCCCAGUGCGCCAGAUUUGGACGGUGACGAGGAUGAGUACGGUGACUACGCCUCCACCCACGACGAGGCACCCAACGAGGACAAGGACGCGCUGAACAUCACAGCGCAGUCUGCGAAACUUCAACUGGACCUUCUGGCCAACGUGGCUGCCUCCCUGCAGGCCGAGAAAGCCCGGAACCCCGCGAUGUCAAUCUCGGACCCCGCCGUCGAGCAGGCUCUCGGUGCGUACGAAGGUGCGGUCAGCAGCCUCCGGGGUCUGGUGCAAAAUCUGCUCAAAAUCUCCCGGGAUCGAGAUUCAUACUGGCAGUACCGGCUGAACCGCGAGGAACACCUGCGCCGUAUGUGGGAAGAGAGCAUGGCGCGGGUUGCGCAGGAACAUGAAGAAUUGCAGUCCAAAAUGGGCGAGUCCGAGGAGAAACGCAAGCGCACCAAGAAGGCUCUGAAGGAGGCUCUCGAAAAUGUCUCUGCGAAUAGCCGCUCCGCCAUCCUUCCGCGUUACCAUGAUGCAUUGAAUGAGUCCGCACAAGCGGAAGGUGGCCAGUUCGAAGGCACCGAGGAGGGUGGAGAGGUUGUCGGAGGCUCGGGGCCGUCGAGUCAGGGGCCGGUCAAGCCGAGUCUCCAACGAAAACCGUCGGCUCUCUCCCAGCUCAGCAGUUUUUACGAUUCCGAAUCAGAUGGAGACGAGUUCUUUGAUGCUAUCGACGCGGGUGAGGUUGAGGUGCAGGAUUUCACGGAGAAGAAGCCUGUGGAAGAGCAGCCGGGAGACGAGAGUGCGAAGGCUCGUGAAAACAGGCUCAUGGUGGUGAAAACGUCUUUCAAGGGAUACGAGGACCCCGUCCGUCAGCGUCUAAAGAUGGACAAUGAUGAUCGGCCGAAGAUCUCUCUCUGGGGCAUUUUGAAAUCCAUGAUUGGCAAGGACAUGACCAAGAUGACUCUUCCAGUGUCAUUCAACGAACCCACUUCCUUGCUGCAGCGUGUCGCGGAGGAUUUGGAGUAUACGGAUUUGCUUGACAUCGCCGCCGAUCGGUCCGACUCGAUGGAGCGUCUGGUUUAUGUUGCCUCAUACGCUGCGAGUGAAUACGCUUCCACCAUUGGUCGUGUGGCGAAGCCGUUCAAUCCCCUUCUUGGUGAGACAUUUGAGUAUGUCCGACCGGACAAGGGCUACCGCUUCUUUGUGGAGCAGGUCAGCCAUCAUCCUCCGAUCGGUGCUGCGUGGGCAGAGUCGCCCAAGUGGGAUUACUGGGGCGAAUCCUCUCUCAAGUCCAAGUUCUACGGCAAGUCCUUCGACAUCAAUCUUCUCGGCACAUGGUUCCUCAAGCUACGGCCCAUCACCGGUGGCGAGGAGCUGUAUACCUGGAAAAAGGUCACAUCUUCCGUGAUCGGUAUCAUUACUGGAAAUCCCACGGUCGACAAUUACGGCCUCAUGGAAAUCAAGAACUGGACCACUGGUGAAGUCUGUUACCUCGACUUCAAGCCUCGCGGCUGGAAAGCUUCCUCUGCGUACCAAGUUUCGGGCAAGAUCUACGCCCGUCAUACCCCCGGAUUCGAAGCCCCUGUCUCGAGUCAGGAUCCCGAAUCUGCCAAGACCUUCCUGGUGUGGCAAGCUCAUGAACGACCUACGGGUAUUCCGUUCAAUCUGACCCCCUUCGUCAUCACCCUGAACGCUUUGCCCAAGGGGCUGAGAGAGUAUUUACCCCCUACCGAUACCCGUCUCCGCCCGGACCAGCGUGCCAUGGAAGAUGGCGAGUAUGAUCUCGCUGCUGUGGAGAAACAUCGCGUGGAGGAGAAACAGCGUGCGAAGAGGAGAGAACGGGAAGCCAAGGGGGAGAUCUACCAGCCUCAAUGGUUUGUUCGUGACCGUUGCCCGAUCACCGGGGAAGAGUUCUGGGCCCAUAAUGGCAAGUAUUGGGCUAGCAGGGAUGCCCACGACUGGAGCCGGUCGGAGGAUAUCUUUUAA